GUCCAAUUCAAACUCAUGAGUGGGCGCCGUGCGCCUCGCCUCUGCGGCGGCUUCCAUAGAAGCGUGGCCGCGCGAGCAGCGGCGAGGGGUAGACGGGGGCCCGAACGCCGUCGUCGCGUUCGUUGUUUGGGCCAGCCCCACGGCGCGCGUCGUCGUGACAGCGGGUGAUCGCGAUCGCUCUCCUGCCGCGCACUUUCUCUUUUCGCCCGCGGACGAGGAAUCACGUGGCUAGCGGCGUCUGCGAGUGCGCAUGGGUGGCGAGGGAGAGCGUACGACGACGACGUCUCGAAGGGAAACCGCGCAGCUCUGAAUCGAGCGUAAUCUUUGGCGAGCGAGCGAAGAGGGGCUUCCGGAAGGUCUCGCGUGUGUGUGUGGUGAGAGCGGUCAUCACGCGGCGUUCCGUUGCCGUGGCGCACGUGGUUACGCUAUGGACUUUUUGUGAUGGGAAGUUCUCUUAAAAGGCUGGCAGCAGGCGCCAUGGUGUGUGCCCCGACGUCACUGGCGAUGCUGCUGCUGCUCGUGGCCGGGGUGCCCGUGCGGCCGGUCGCGGCGCGCAAGGGCCACCAGCACCAACAGCAACAGCACCACCGGCCCGACCCGCUGCUGGUGCACACGGCCAAGGGCCCCGUCCGCGGACUGGCCACCGAGGCGCCCACGGGCAAGCCGGUCGACGUGUUCUACGGCAUACCGUACGCCAAGCCGCCCGUGGGCCGCUACCGGUUCCGGCACCCAAAGCCCAACGACCCGUGGAAGGGCGUCCUGGACGCCACCGUCAAGCCCAAGUCGUGCUUCCAGACGGUGGACACCUUCUUCGGCGACUUUCGCGGCAGCCUCAUGUGGAACGCCAACACCAACAUGAGCGAGGACUGCCUGACGCUGAACGUGUGGGUGCCCCGGCCCCGGCCCAACGCCAGCCACCCGGCCGCCGUGCUGGUGUGGAUCUACGGGGGCGGAUUCUACAGCGGCACCUCGACGCUGGACGUGUACGACGGUCGCACGCUGGUGGCCGAGGAGCGCGUGGUGCUCGUGUCCAUGAACUACCGCGUCGCCUCGCUGGGCUUCCUCUGCCUCGACCACCCGGAGGUGCCGGGCAACGCGGGCCUCUUCGACCAGCUCAUGGCGCUGCAGUGGGUGCAGGAGAACAUCGCCGCGUUCGGCGGCAACCCGCGCAACGUCACCCUGUUCGGCGAGAGCGCCGGCGCCGUCAGCGCCAGCAUGCACCUGCUCUCGCCGCUCUCCAGGGACCUCUUCUCGCAGGCGAUCCUCCAAAGUGGCACGGCCAUCGCCCCGUGGGGGGUUCACGACCGCCACACGGCGCUGCAGUCGGCUCUCCGGCUGGCCGAGACGCUGCACUGCCCGCACGACGAGCGCCACCUGGAAGCCAUGCUGGCGUGCCUGCGCGAGCAGGACCCCGAGAUGAUCGUGAACAGCGAGACGGGCAACUUCGGCGUGGUCGAGUUCCCUUUCGUGCCCAUCGUGGACGGCGCCUUCCUUGACGAGUCUCCGCAGGAGUCGCUGGUGGCGCGCAACUUCAAGAAGACCAACCUGCUGCUGGGCUCGAACCGCGACGAAGGCACCUACUUCCUCAUCUACUACCUGACCGAGCUGUUCCGACGCGACGAGUCGGUCUAUCUGGGCCGCGAGGACUUCGUGCGCGCCGUGCGCGAGCUGAACCCGCUGGUGGGAGAGCUCGCGCAGCAGGCGAUUGUGUUUCAAUACACGGACUGGCUGAAUCCGGAGGACCCGAUCAAGAACCGGGACGCCGUGGACAAGAUAGUAGGCGACUACCACUUCACGUGCUCGGUGGUGGAGUGGGCGCACCAGUAUGCGCUCGCGGGCUCGCAGGUGUACGCCUACUACUUCACGCACCGGUCGUCGGUGAGCGCCUGGCCGCAGUGGAUGGGCGUCAUACACGGCGAAGAGAUCGCCUUCCUGUUCGGCGAGCCGCUUAACAAGUCGCUCGGCUACCGGGCGGACGAGCAAGCGCUCAGCCGACGCAUGAUGCGCUACUGGGCCAACUUCGCAAAGACAGGGAACCCGAGCCUGUCCGAGGAGGGCCACUGGGAGCGCAUUUACUGGCCCGUGCACACGGCGCACGGCAAGGAGUACCUGACGCUGGCCGUCAACUCCAGCCUGGUGGGAUACGGCCACCGGGCAAAGUAUUGUGCCUUCUGGCAACAGUUUCUACCUCGCCUCGUCAACCUCUCCGAGAACCAGCCCAACAUGUCGGCCACCUGCACGGCCGGCGCCUCCCCAGCGCGGGGCCCCGUCUCCGGCUGGGCGCUGCUGCUGCUGCUGCUGCUGCUGACACUGCCCACAACGCUGCACCAGCUCCCGCCGCUGCUGCUGUCCCUGCUGCCCCUGCCGUUGGCGGCGGCAGACGCGAGCCUGGCGGUGGCGGCGGCGGCGACGUCGACCCUGUUCCCUCGCCGUAGGAUAUGGUGCUAACUAUAUACUCGCGGGGAGGGCGUGACACCCCCACGGACAUCUGCUCGCCGCCGCGCGUGGUGCCACGGCGGACAAAACAAUCCCCGGGGUGUCGUCGGUGUCGCGGUCCUUCCGGGACACGUCGGCGCCGCUUUGGAGGCGCGCCCACCGACACGAUGUGGGAAAGAAGGAGCGAAGUGCAGAGGUGGUGUGUUAUACCGUGUGGGGGUGCCCGAGCGUCUCCCGGCAGUGCGUGGACCUUUCCUUCUUCUCCUUCCUUCUAUCUUACUUUUUUGUUUGUUUGUUUUCUUUUCCGGCAGAACGUCACCUUGCGAGAGCCUUGCGCGGGGUGUUCGCAGGUAACCUCGCUACGGCCCAGCCAGCGUUCACUUCGUUGUCCUUGAUGACCAGCACGGCGCCCGACGGAGCCACGUACACGCAGAGGAGUCGACUGACCGUCAGUUGGGUCGCAGUCGGCUUCGCUUUGGACUAGCUCUAUAUGCGUGUGGCUUACGCCGCUGAACGUUCUCUACCCUACGUGUUUGUUUUUUAUUUUCUUCUAAUUAUGGUUAUCUGAGCCACAAAGUGUACUCACAAAUCGUGGCUGAGGAACGCCUUGACAGACGCGGACAAGAUACUUUUCUUUUUCACCGUGGGUUCGCGUAAACCUAUAUCGGUCUGUCGACAGAUCGUCUAGUCUCCCGAAAACUAUUGGAGUCAGACUCCCCGUCGCCUCAUCGCGAACAAAAUGCUUGGCUAAGUUCCGAGAAGCUUUCGUUCAGGCUGCAUUGCGUAUUGAGCCUCGUCGUUUGUUUGUUUAUGUCAAACGUGUUCCUGGAUUCUCGUUGCUUUUACGGUAAGCUUUGUAACGACAUGCAACCAAGAACGCACUUGUUAGGCUCCGCCAACUUUAGUAUACGUAUACAUUAAGAAUGUAGAUUAGGCGAUUCUACACCGAUGAACUGGUAUAACCCAAAAAUCAAAACCGACCCAAGCGCUGUCGCCGUGCUGGGUCUGUCGAGGCAUGAUUCAGCUGUAGUUACCUGGAAAGUGGUCCUGCCGGAACCAAGAAUCAGUGACUAACUCAACCUAUAGUAUAGGCGUUGUUGCCGCUGCAGCAACUACCGCCGCAUUGAAUUUACGAAGACAAACUGCGUCAGAGUUUGCUGUUCUUGGCGAUUAUGCCUUCAACUUGCGGCUAUACUGGCAGUGAAAAGCUCUCCCAAGUUGAUGCAACGCCCCCGGUAUCUACGCAUGGCCGAUGGCAUUUAGUUUACCGAGGUUUUCUGUUGACAUUGUAUCGGUUAUUUGCUAACGGCCCGUCGCACGUGCGUCACGCCCACCUGCAAGAGCAGGCGCUACAAUGCGACGCUCGGAGCUUGCGGAGACUUCCGGUCGCGUUCCGACCGCCCCUGCAUUUGUGGAAACCCCACCCUCGCCCGCAUCUUACCGUGACCAUCAGUCCAUGGUUUUUUAAACAGCCACGCCGCAUGUUUACCGACUGCUCUCAUUCUGUGGUGCCCGGCGGUGUUAGUGUGUGCACCGUAAAAUCCCGCCAUAUUGUUGAAGUCUGCAAUGGCCGCGCAUUGAGCCAAUCAGAGAGGGUGCAGCAGCCCUCUAGGCCAAUCGGAGCAGACAGGACUGCGAAUUCAACAACAUGGCGGAACUAUAUGGGGGUUUUACGGGCCAAAACCACGAUCCGAUUAUGAGGCACGCCAUAGUGGGGGACUUCGGAAAUUUGGACCACCUGGGGUUCUUUAACGUGCACCUAAAUCUAAGUACACGGGUGUUUUCGCCCCCAUAGAAAUGCGGCCGCCGUGGCCGGGAUUCGAUCCCGUGACCUCGACCACGUGCUUAGCAGCCCAACACCAUAGCCACCAAGCAACCACGGCGGGUAGGGAGGAAUUUGACCCCAAGUUCCGGUACCAUUCUGAAGAGGCCCGUAAGACACGCGACAUGGGAAGGAACGUCGCUGAGGAAACAAGCACGGCGGUUUGCUAAUGGUGAUAACGGGGUGCAAGCGAGAGAAGAGUUUCCACAACAGUCGUCUCGCACGCUUGGCUGUUUGCGAAGCAGUAGGCGAGAGAACUUGUCGAUUUCAGCAAGCAGUGCGCAGCUUGCUUCUUUAGGGCGUUCGUGUGCUGCUGUUUACACUGAGAAUGUGACGUAUGUGCGCCCCCAUGUUUCUCUCUCUCUCUCUCUCUCUCUCUCUCUCUCUCUCUCUCUCGUUGGUUUCCGUUUCGGGUUCUCCAAGGUCUGACGCGUCCGUCGGCGUUCCCGCGGUGUCUAUGCAUGCUCCUAAGCUCGCCGUAAAACUCGCUCGGUGGCCUGCGUUGAGCGAUCACCGCGAGUUGUUCAAACUUCUUCCACUGUUCGCCGGACGGGUUCUCUCCUAUGCCAUUCACCCAAGAAGCGAGGCGGGAAAAGAAGUCGCCGAAAUGGAGGCGGCAGGGAGAGGCGAGCCUUUAAGCUGGGACCUGGGCACGCGUUCGCUUCGACGUACCCCAAUGUUAUGGCCUCGUGCUAUACCGUUGGUUUCGUUGUAAACUAAUCCCUUGGCAACUGGCACGCGCACAGGUGGAAGAGUAACGUCGCCCGGUGUAUAGUGUCUCGACAUUUGAAAGCCAUUGCAAAUCACUGCGGGCGUAGCCCGUCGCCAGUGAAGCCUCUACUCCCGUUCUGUGCACCGUGGCACCGGAAACACCGAAGGCAUGAAGCCGAAACGAAAUCUGAACUCUUUUGUCACGCGUACACUCACGUGUGCACUUCCACGUUUGUGCAGCGAGCGUUUGAAAGAUAUUUCCCGAUUUCUUUAUGUAACCUAAAGGCUCAUUCGAGCAUUACAUAUGGGAGGAGUCAGUUACAAUAAUAAAGCUGAAAAAAAAAACCAGCAUUAGUGAGGUACAGUGACAUAAUUAUAUACGGCAAGAAAAUAGAUACGCACUAUGCACUGAACAUCGAAAUAAUCACAAAUUUAGGAAAAGUCAACUAGUUAAUAAAAACGUCAUGAUCAAUGACUGAUACAGUACCCUUAUGUAGCUUAUUCCAGUGGUAUACUGUCAAAAGUAGCGGUGAAAAACGAUGCAGAUUAGUGCGUGCAAAAGAAAAGGAAAGGGGGGGGGGGGUGUAUAUUAAAUGGGUGAUCUAAACGCUGAAAAACAAUGAAAAUUGGUAACCAUGAAAACUGGAAUGCCACUGGACAACGGCGUCGGCUUUCAGUUUCUUCAAAUUCAUCGACAACUGCGCUGCUCCCGUUUCUCCCGAGGUGACCGGCCCACUGAUAUUUCACAGUGCAUCGCCUUCAAAAAAACGCCAUCUAAACACGUUCGCCACAUCCUCGCCUCGGCUCGUCAGUGGACGCCUCCUGGACUGUCCGGUCGAAACACGCCUCUCUUGUGCACUGAGCUUACUGGAAGUUAUAUAACAAUACGUCUCGCAGGAGCCACCGCUGAAGGAAGCCUUUGUUGCUUAUAGUUUCCUUUUUUUAUGAAUUUCCUCAAACGAACCCCCUCGUUACUCCCGGUUCCCCUAUAGUCUUCAACUUCAGUUCAGUUGCUGGCAUGUAAUCAAGCAAGAAAGUAAGGGAAAAGGCGAAGAGUUGAUCUCUCCUGCUCCCUUAGGUCUUCGCUCCUCAACAGUGUUGGAAAUAGGAGCCAGAUAAAGUCCGCAGUCAACAAAAGCGGGUAAAGCCCGCGUCGUCAACAGAUGUGCCUCCCGUUCACGUGUGCUGAGAAGCCAAUGCGGUGUGCGAUUGCGGAAAUGAACCGCAGUGCGGCAUUUCUGGUACGAAAACUAUCCGCGCGAAAAUAAAAAUAAAAUAAAAUAAAAGGAUACUCAGGAACUCACCGGAUUUUCAGUGGUCUUGAAGCCUAGGUUUAUACAUACUGCGCUCCAUAAAGAUUUCCUCGGCCCGAAAUAUAUCCGUUUGGCCGUACCUUCCUGUGGUAUACAUUUUCGGCAAAUAUAAUACUUGGUGUAUUCGUUUUCCGCUUACGUUAAAGCAGAAAGAGAAAAAAAAAAGAAAAGAAAAGUGGAGUCGUUGUCACCGUCUGAAUCCUUUCUUGUUCUAAGUGAACGUGGAAGGAGGCACUUCGUUUUCUAGUGCUGUGCGCGACACGCGGAAAUACCAACGCCGUUAACAAGUGCCAUCCCACUCGCUCUGCUCGCAGCCAGCUUGGACAAUUACAUCCCUUCACACUCGCGUUUCCAUAUUUCGCGAACUUCCACUCAAAGCAGGCGUCCGCUGUUCCCUCGUUCAAGGCCUUAGUUGGGCGGCUUUCGCAAACGGCGUCUUGGGAAUCCAUGGAAGUUCCGCACCGAACAGAAAGCGUAGGAGUGAUCUGUCUUUUCAAGGAAGCGCGCAAGUAGCUUUGAAGGUCCUUAUCACAAGCGUUCUGGCUGCCUUUAAGUUCCCAGGUGAGAGGCAAAGCAAAAAUAAAGGACCCGAACAGAUACGGACGAGAUGGUGAACAAUGUACAAAAAAGAAAGUAUAAGAGAUGCCAAAGCAUAGACGAGAGAAAUAUUCGAAUUUCGUGCGUAUAGAAAGGCGCGAAAAACAACGCAUAGCGAAGAGGACAAUGCAAGCUAAAGUAUUGGACUUAGGGCUAAACCCAUGGACAACCUUUAAGUACGACGCUAAGGGCUCGAGAUUUGUUCAAACAGGUACUAGGAGUAAGCUUCGGUCGGCAGUUGAUGCUUUCACGUCGUGCUGGGACAUUCGUUAAAAAAACUGCGACAGCGUUGGUCGCAUAUAUGCUGGAAGUUGGUUCUUAUACUCGAGGGGAAAAGCAGUCGCUGACGCCACAAUCAGCGCCACGGUGAUCCGCUGUUACCGUUCGACCUCGCUUCGCCGUCAAAGGCGUGAAACUAGUCUCUUCAGCCUUUCACUUCGAAACAAAGAAAAUCGAGAGUAAAAAAAAAAAACAAGUUACAGUAGGAACGAUGUGGCCAAUUAUUCGUUCCAGCGUGCAUUCGCAAGUUCUGCAAGACGUAACGAGGUGCCGGGUGAAAACAUUUUUUUUUUUUCAUUUAUAAGUGUGGAAGACUUCGCGAGAGCAGACACCUGCCGACAGCCCGAACAGAUUCGCUGAGCACGCCUAAUUUACAAGAGAGCGGCGAGAGAAAGACGGAACACGAUUUUUCAUCGUCUGCAAACAGUCCGAGCUCGAGAGAAAAAAAAAUCUCAUUUGGACGUGCAACGGAGCGAAGGAUACCCGCAGGCGGAGGAUAAAUGGCUGCACUGUCGUGCUUGCGACCGCGCUAUUCCUUCUUUCUCAAGAAAAAGGCAACGUGCACCUUUCUUUAGAUAUUCCUAAGCGAUUCCUGACGUUCAUUCUUUGCGUACUUUCUGGUUCUCAUCGUCGACAUUGUUCGUAUUAAAGUUUGUCAAGGAAGGUCCUCAAAUGCCUUCGCUGGAACACAGAA